CAACGGAGGAGGAGGGGGUCCGACCCCUGUCCGCCUCUACCACACCGCCCUCAACAGGCAACGCGAGCAGCAGCGCAUCGAGAAGGAGAACCUGGCUUUCCUGCGGAGGCUAGAGUCAGUGAGGCCCACCCGGGGCAUGAAGAGGGCAGAGCAGCUGGCAGACUACCAGCGCCAAGCCGGAUACCUGGGCAUCGCCACCUCGCUCUCUGCCAUGGACAGAUCGCCAUCCAAGAUGGAGCGGCCCUCCAGCAGAACGUCACCAGGAAAGAGCCCCAGUCCUGGCAGUACCAACCACCACCACCACCACAGUGCCAGGGCAUCAUCUGCUAUCGCUACCACCACCACACCCCUACCCAGGCACUCCAGUGCUGCAGCAGCCCGGGCAGCCUGGUCCUGAGAGCUGUGCUCAGGGAGGAGCACCAUUCCCCAACUCCCCCAGCCCUUCCAAGUCCUUACCAAUAAGGCAAUAGUAGCCCCUAAACACUGUUCCAAGGUCAGUUUGGCAUUCUGGGCAUUCUUCCCCAGAUAGUUAAAUUGAGGUUGUUAGGAGUGUCCCACACAAUGAAGGAUCUGUGUCAGAGUGGUGCGAAGCUGGAAAGUGGUCACACGUUGUCCAAACUAAAUCCCCAUUGUGCUCUGAUCAUGCACUUGUCCAGUGAUUCUGUUUUAGCGCACAAUAUUCAUAAAUAAAGUGAUCUGACACUGAUUGGCUGUUUCCCAGAUUUAGACUGAGCCUAAAAUCACUUUGAAUUGAGUUUUUUUCUUGGAGCAUACUUUUUAGUACAGGAGUAGGCUUAAUAUGGGGUUUCCGGGAAACCAGUCCUAUAUGAUGUAAGAAUUAUAUUGUGUUGCCGUUAUACAACCGUUCUCAUAAAACUGCUUCACUAUGGCUUCCCAGGACCAAGGCUAGCAGCUAUAAAGUUUUGUGAACUGUGCUUCUGUUGUAAUGGAAGAUAUAGCCUGGCUAUAGCCUAGAUAUAGCUAUUAUGGUUCAGGUAUAAAAAAAAAUACAUUCCUUUGUCAGCUUAGCAGGUGGUGCCUAUCAGUAUGCUUAGUGAAUAGAGUAAGUACUAAGUAUGCCAUGCUGUAUUUGCACUCUUGUGAAAUAUGUUCAAGUGGAACUUUUCUGCAAUUUAUCUGUAAUUGUUGUUACAUUAUAAUGAAUAAUAAGAGAGAUUAUAUCUUUGUGGUCUAGUAAAGCUUUUUCAGAAUAUCAUGGGAGAAUUAGUCAUAUAUAUUUUUAUUGUGAUCCUGUGCAAAUUUCUUGACGUUUUCCAAUAAAACUGCUUGUUGCGCGCACCA